AUGAAUUAAAAUCAAGCUGAUUAGCCAAAGGGAUUAUAGAGAAAAGUGUAUGAAGUUCCAGAUUGUCCUAUUUGUUUAGAUGAACUUGUUUAAGAUUUAGCAUGCGCUCCAUGUGGACAUGUAUUCCAUUAAUUAUGUAUAUUCUAAAAUUUUGAAAAUUCUAGUACGUGUCCAUGCUGUAGAAAGAGAAUGACCAGGGCAAAUAUAACUGGUAUGAAUUAUGAUUUGAAAUGUAAUGAUGAAGCAGAGGAAUAAAUUUAAGCUUUUUAUAACAGUUUGUCAUAAAAUGAAAGACAAAAUGUUGUAGAAAUUAUGAAUAAAUUUGAAAAUUAAACCAGGGAGUUUACUUCAGUUAAAAGACAUCGAGAUGAGUUAGUGGUAAUGUGCAGAGAGUAGUAAGAUAAAAUUCAAAAUCUUGAGAAAUCUGAUAAAGAAUUAUCUUCUACUUACAAAAAAUUAGUAAUUAAAGCUGAAUAAUUGAAAUAAAAAGCUGAAUUGGAAGAAAAUAAAAGAAAAGACUUACAAAGUUUGCAUGAUAGCGAUUUAGAAACUAUUUAGGAGCUUAAAAAGAAUUUAUCUGAGCUAAGGCACAUUCAAAUAUUGAAGGAAUAAAUGGAACAAGGUGGAAGCAAUGAACAUAAAGUAAUUGAGGAUAUUAAAAAAAAUAAGCCUAUUGAAGAACAGGCAUAAAAAUUUUAUGAGAUGCUUAGAAUGAAGAAAGGAGCUUUUGAAGAACUGUCUUAGGAAAAUAAAAUGCUUCAAAGCCAAAUAAAAUAAAUGCAACAAGAGAUUGAAUCUUAAAAGAGCGAAGCUAAGUUUAAAAAUAACAAAUUAAAUGAAUAAAAUCUUCUUAUCUCUCGACUUUAAGAAAAAGUAAAAAGAUUAUAAGAAGUUAUGAAUAAUUAGAAGAAGUUAUUUUAAGAUAAAUUAACAAAUCUUAAAUCUCAAAUAAACUAAAAUUAAAAUAUAUUUAUGAGCAGUCAUAGUAAUAAUAACAACAAAUAAAGUGGAAUGAUUAAUUUAGAUGAAGAAAAUAGCAAUUUCUCUAUUUUUUCUAUUGAAGAUUAAAAACUGAAUAAAAAUUCUUCUUCUCUUUCAAGUAAUGAUCUAGCUUCUAUUUAGAAUCCAUUUUACAUUCAAGAUUAAAAGAAUAAAAUGGUCAGUGAGGAUGAUUAAAUUCAGUAAACAAGAUAGUACUCUAUGAAUAACAACAGGGAGAAAAAAGAAACUGCUUUAGAAAGCAUGAUAAGUUAAAGCUAGGAUUCGAUUGGUUUUUUAAAGGAAAGCUUGAGUAAAGAAAACAGCAGCAAUAACAUAAAUAUCAAUGAAGUUGACAAUUAAAUAAAAAAAAGAACUUUCGAAUAUAAUUUAGAAAAUCAAUUAAAAAAAACACCAAAAUAUGAAUAAAGUAAAUUGUUUUAAACAAAUUAAUAAGCCUCAGAAGCUCCAGCUUUUCUAAAAAAAACUAGCGGAUAAGGUUUAUUUGGAAUUGCUAUGAACAAAAACUCUCUUCUAAACAAAAGCUAAUAAACAAAACAAACACAAAACUGUGCUGAUUAAAGCACUAAUUAAAAAAAGACUUCCAUCACUUCAAUAAAUGACUUCUUUUAAAGAGGGAAGAAAAAAUGA